UAUACUUGGUAGUGAUUGGUUAGUGAUUCUAAUAGUCUUAUUUUAAUCAACUGUAGUUGACCUUGAAAUCUCAGGAUAAGGAAAGGUCACUUAAGGAAAUAAGCAUUAAAUAUUUUUAAUAAAUAGUGAUAGUAGAUGAUUUAAAUCAGUAGUCAUUUAUAUUAAAACUUGAAUAACCUACUUUGAACAAAAACGAAUAUCUGUGGUAAUUUCUUAUUUUAAGAGUUGAUUAUUUGCUAUACAUAUACAAUGAAGUGGAUAGUGUUUUGUGUUACACUGAUAAUAUGGAAUUGUAUGAUGUUAUGUCAAGAUAUUAUAUUUCCAAAUGAAGAGGAAAUACCUCCCAUUAGUAACAAAGGACCAAUAACAGAACGUGUUCCAAUAGUUGCACCAGGACAGUGUCCUGAAAAUAUGUUGCUUUAUCCUGGAUAUGGAAACAGAAGUACAUGGAUAUGUGACUGUAAACCUAGAUUUUUAUAUUUCCCUCUAAACAACAGUUGCCAUGAAGCUUAUAGACAAGGGCCUUGUCCACCACAGAAUUAUGUAGUGUUGUUUAAAAACGAGAGUGUGCCCAAAUGUGUGGAAAAUCCAUGCAUUGAAGACGGUUUGGUAAAGUACAAUAAUGUAUGUUAUCCUCUCAGAGCUAUAGGAGGUCCAUGUGGUUCUGAUGUAUUGAGUGUAAAUGAAACUACUUUUGAGCUGGAAUGUGAACCAGCAAAUAUUGUACCUUUUAUAAUAAUUGAUGCACCUAAGAGGCAAUGUCCUACAGGGACUCGUAGGAACAGUCUUGGAAUAUGCAGAGAUGUUAUUUAAAGCGUUAUUUACAGUUUCAGAUUUUUUAAUACAAUAAACUUCUACAUGUGUUUAGUUUACUCGCAUAUUAUGAGAAUAUAUUACAUACAUAUUUACAAAAUAUAUUUAAGUAAUAUUGCUCCUAACACAAUAUUCAUACAGUUUAUAUACAUUCAUUAAUACAUACAUAUUUAUAAAAUGUAUAAUAUCAGCUUCCUCUAUUAAAGGUUAUUAA